GCCAGUAUAGAUUUACCAAAGGCUGAUCAUGUGUCACCUCUCUGAUUGCCUUCUCUGAUGAGAUGAGUGGCUCGGUGGACAAAAUGAAUGUUAUUUACCUUGACUGUAGCAAAGCUUUUGACAUGGUCUUCCGUAGUACCUCUGUGACCAAGUUGGAGAGCGGUGGACUACAUGGGUGGACGGUAACAUGCGUGGGCAGCUGGGCUCAGAGGGUGGUCAGCUGUUCAAAGUCCAACUUUGGAUGGUUACUAGGGGCUGAUCCUGUUCAAUGUCUUCAUUAGCAACUUGGAUGCAGGACAGAAGGCAACCUCAUCAAGUUUGUGGAUGAUAACAAAUUGGCGGGGGGUAGUCAAAACGCUAAAGCGUAGGCCUUCUGUUCAGUGAGGUCUUGACAGCUUGGCGAAAUGGUUUGACAGAAAUCUCAGUCUUGCACCUUGGGCAGAGUGAUGCCAUGCAACGAUAGUGGCUAGAACAGAUUGGCUAGAAAGCAGCUUUGCAGAGAAGGACCCUAGUGGACAACAGGUUGAAGAUAAGUCAACAGUGUGCCCCUGUGGUAAAAAGGCCAACGUAGUGGCUAGACCAUAAUCAGUAGGUCAAGUGUAUAUUUAUGAAUGUACAGUUUUUUAACCUCUGUCUCUUUAAAGUCAGAUACUUUGGAACAUCCUAACAUGGUGUGGGAAGUGAAGACAAAUCAAAUGCCUAAUGCUGUUCAGAAACUGCUUUUGGUAGUGGACAAGAGAACUUCGGGGAUGAAUGAGUCACUGGAGUUGCUGAAGUGUAAUGAAAAUCUGCCAUCUUCUCCUGGAUAUGCAUCCUGUGAUGAGCACAUGGAACUUGAUGAUCUUCCUGAACUACAGGCUGUGCAGACAGAUUCUACUCCACCUGCACUUUUUCAGCUUAAUGCAGAUAUUUCACAUCAAGAAUGUUCAAGGCCUUCAUGGAACCAACAUACCUCAAACAGCAAUUCAGAAAGUGCUUAUUCGUGUGAGAACGGGGUGAACUGGUUGACAGAAUUGGCAAAUAUAGCCACAAGUCCUCAGAGUCCUUUGAUGCAGUGCUCUUUUUAUAACAGAUCAUCUCCUGUUCACAUAAUAGCUACAAGCAAAAGUUUACAUUCCUACGCACGUCCUCCACCAGGAUCCUCAAAGAAUGAUCCGAACUUCUCCAAGAAUGAUUUGGAUGAAACACCAGUCAGACAUGAAAGAGCAAACAGUGAAUCAGAAUCUGGCAUUUUCUGCAUGUCAUCGCUUUCAGAUGAUGAUGAUUUAGGAUGGUGCCAUUCUUGGCCCUCAACUGUUUGGCACUGUUUUCUAAAAGGCUCACGCUUAUGUUUUCAUAAAGGACGCAAUAAAGAAUGGCAGGACGUUGAAGAUUUUGCAAGAUCUGAAAGCAAUGGAAAUGAGGAGAAUCUCCCAGUGGGUGCUUACAAGGGCUAUGGUUCUGAUGGUUUGAAGCUGAUAUCUCACGAAGAAAGCAUUUCCUUUGGUGAGUCAGUGCUGAAGCUGACUUUUGAUCCUGGCACAGUGGAAGAUGGCUUGCUUACAGUAGAGUGCAGACUCGAUCAUCCUUUUUAUGUUAAAAACAAAGGUUGGUCAUCUUUUUAUCCAAGCUUGACUGUGGUACAGCAUGGCAUUCCAUGCUGUGAAAUGCAUCUUGGAGAUCUGUGUCUACCUCCUGGACACCCUGAUGCCAUUAACUUUGAUGAUUCAGGUGUUUUUGAUACAUUUAAAAGUUACGAUUUUACACCAAUGGAUUCCUCUGCAGUUUAUGUGCUAAGCAGCAUGGCUCGCCAGCGUCGCGCUUCUCUAUCUUGUGGAGGAGGAUCAAACAACCAAGAUGCUGAGAGAUCAGAAUGCAGUAAAAACUGUACGUCUACGGCAUCGUCACAUCUUUCCUCCAAUUCUUUGUACAGCAAAGCUGGCAAAGGCCACAGCUCAGGGACUGCAAGUACUGUGAGUGCCACUUCUCCAAACAAGUGCAAAAGACCAAUGAAUGCCUUCAUGCUUUUUGCCAAAAAAUACAGAGUUGAAUACACUCAGAUGUAUCCAGGGAAAGACAACAGAGCCAUAAGUGUGAUACUUGGUGACAGGUGGAAGAAAAUGAAAAACGAAGAAAGACGGAUGUACACACUAGAAGCCAAGGCCUUGGCGGAAGAACAGAAACGUUUAAAUCCUGACUGUUGGAAACGAAAACGAACAAAUUCUGGCUCACAACAGCAUUAAGCUAGAAUUUUCCUGUUAACUCUGUUAUUUACAAAAUGGCUGUUGCUUGAUGGCAAGAAGAUGCAAGAUCCAGGUCUUACUGUUUGUUGUGAAUUUGUGCGACCAUCAUUGGCACCAUCAAGUCAGAAGUGAUUAUAUGAGAGUGCAGAUUUUCUUUUUACGAUAGAACAUUAAGUAAGCUAAAACUAUCAACAUGUUAAACCAAAUUGCCUUAUUUUUCUUCCAAACUUCAUAUAUGUAUCAGGUAACAUAGGCUUGAAAAUGGAUAUCCUGUGGUGCUAAAGUACUUUAGAAAGAGGCGGAGAUGUGUAUAAAUGUUUAUUUUUAGAAGAAAAUGUACAAAAAGGGGAAUUUUAAAAGUAUGUAACAGCUGUUUAUACUUUGAUUCUUAUUGCUGAUUAAUAUGUAUUGCACAACCGUGUUACUAAUUACAGUUCUGGGACCUGGGAUGUUCUGAAAUGGCAAGACGUGGUAUUACCAACCUAUAGCCUCCCAGUCUGCCCAGUUGCCAACAAGUUUCCAGAAAUGUGUGGUAAAUGGAGAGUAUAGUGUAACGUAGCAGAGGAGCUGCUUCUUGGGUUGCCCCCUAUAAAGUUUGUAUCCACAAGUGAGAGAUUUUUGCACCAGCUGGCAAUAGUGAGAGCUGUUACUUCUGAUGGAAACGAUAGCCCAGGCCAGGAUGAAAUAAAUAAAUAGCGUUAUCUCAAGAAAAAUGGUGCUUGUGAUACUGUCACCAUCAUAGUUUUAACUUUGUGUUUUGUCUUUGCCACAUAUUCUAGGAUGGUAUUUUUCUGUUGCCAUAAGACAUCUUUAUGGUGGGGGCAAACUUUGCACUUAACUAUACGUGCAACACUUGCACUUUACUUUUUUUUUUUUCCUCCAACUGUCGAAAAUUAGAGCAGAUGCAUUAGAAUUACAAUUGCUUUUGCUGUGAACUUUUACAAUCAUGGCUUUUCAUGUUACUAAACAGCUGUGUGUUUUUUGUUCUUUUUUUUUUUUUUU